CUUGGAGAAGUAUUUUAGUCAACAAACAAUGGCGGCAACGCAACGCGAAUCGUUUUUUUUCCCGGAAAAUUUUCCUGUUAAAAUUGUUAAAUUAAAAGUCAAGGAAGGUUCCAAUAUAACUCUAGGUCAAAUUCUCUUUCAAUUUGAACCUGAAGAAAGCCCUCUUUACGAGAAAGAAAGUGUCGAUUCCCAAAUUAGUAAUGGCCCCAGUAAACAUGUUGUUCGCGCCAACUCGGCUGGAUUGUUGGAAAAACUGCACGUCAACGAAGGAGAUGUUAUUAAACAAGGGUCACUCAUUCUUGAGUAUAGUAGCUGCAGUCAUCCAACUGUUAUGAAGGAAAUGUGUGCAGAAUGUGGGGCAGAUUUGCGUGAAACUGACCAGAGAAGUCAAACAGCCGCUGUAGCCAUGGUUCAUAACAUUCCAGAACUGAUGGUUAGCAUGAAGGAAGCCACUAAGUUGGGUAAAAAAGAUGAAGAACGUCUUCUUAAAGACAGAAAACUGGUCCUGCUAGUAGAUUUAGAUCAAACUCUGAUUCACACAACAAAUGAUGAGAUCCCUGCAAAUAUAGAGGAUGUUUUUCACUUUCAACUACAUGGACCCAACUCACCUUGGUAUCACACUCGUUUAAGACCCUUCACCAAAGAGCUUCUUUGCAGCAUGAGCUCUCUUUAUGAGCUUCACAUAUGCACUUUCGGUUCACGCACGUACGCUCACAUGAUCGCAAAUUUUCUAGAUGAAAAGGGUCGAUACUUUUCCCAUCGAAUUUUAUCUCGUGAUGAAUGCUUCAGUGCGCAUUCCAAAACAGCUAAUCUCAAAGCUCUAUUCCCAUGUGGAGACAAAAUGGUUGUCAUUAUAGACGACAGAGAAGAUGUAUGGAACUUUGCACCAAAUUUGAUUCAUGUUCGUCCAUACCAUUUUUUCCAACAUACGGGAGACAUAAACGCUCCUCCAGGACUAUCAAAACAAGAAAAAGAUGAUAAGGAAGGAUUUGACUUUAAAUCAUUAAACAAGGCGGAAAAUUCAUCCGAGGGAUCUUCCUCCGAGGUGUUGAAUGGAUCUACGUCUAAGAGUGAAGAAAAAGAUAAGGAAUCGCCUGAAAAAGUUUUGAGUGAUGAAGAUGUUGGUGCUGGAACUCAAGUUGGAGGUGAAGUUACCGAAACCCCAUGCGAAUACGUGGAAGCAAAACAAGAUGACGGUGCCAUGGGUACGGCAGAUGAUAUGAAAGAAACGAAGGACAUCACCACUGAGAAUAAUUUGGAGAAAACCAAAGAAAACUCAAAAGAGAGCGAAGAACCCCCUUUGGAAAAAACUGUCGAAGAAAAUGUACCAAAACAGACAGAAUUAAGUAGUGAAAGUGAAAAAUCGUCAGCAGAAAAAGAAAAUGGACAAAUCCAUAUCCGUGACACGGACGAUUAUCUUCUGCAUUUGCAAGAUAUUUUGCGAAACAUACAUGGUGCUUACUAUGAAUUAUACGAUGGCAAUCAGGAAAACGGAGACGAAACCAAAGCGGUACCAGAUAUGAAAAUUGUCCUACCAUAUGUCCGUCGCAAAACUCUCAAAGAAGUUCACGUAGUAUUCAGCGGCGUUGUACCCACUAACACCCCAUUAGAGAGAAGCAAGCCAUAUUUAGUAGCUAAAAGUCUUGGAGCGAAUAUAAUGACCCGGGUGUCUGAAGAAACUACUCACAUAAUUGCUGCCAGAUUAGGAACCGCCAAACUGAUCGAAGCCAAAAAGUAUAAACACAUCCGUGUUGUAACUCCUGAUUGGCUCUGGACAUGUGCUGAAAGAUGGGAGAUUGUAGACGAGCGCCUUUAUCCUCUUAACUCAGAAUUUGCAAUUGUUCGGAGAAAGCCUCCAGCACACUGCACCAGCCCGGAUGUUGCCAUACAGUUAGCAAUUGCCGCUAGUGUUAAAGAUGAGCAGGACGCUGCCGCUGCUGUUCCAUAUUACGACCGCGUCACAGGAAAACGGGUUGUCCGUCAACCAAAGAGAAGCGACAAAGGAAAAACGUUAGCAACGCCCCGCAGUUCAAAUACUCAAAAAAAGUUUUGCGAAACAGUCAACCCACUGUUGUCUUUGUCUGUGGACGAAAUUGCUGACAUGGACCGCGAAGUUGAAGAUAUCCUUCAAGACUCAGAUCAAGACUCAGAUGGCGGGGAGACAGAUAAAGAGCAAGAUCCUUCUCUGGCAGAAGACGAUUAUAGUGAACAGAGACAAGAUAAGAGUGAAGCCACAGCAGGAGGUAAAACUGACGUCGGUGAGUCACCUUCCCGAAAACGAAAGCUCGAAGUAGAAGAUCACAACUUAGUCAUCGGAGGAGUGAUUGAUCAAAAUAAUCCAGAAAACGAUACACUUAUGGUAAAAUUUCGACGCGGCGAAUCCAUUCCUGUUUUAGACGGAGAUGAGCCUGAUGAGGAGGAUAGCAACGAACCAGAAAUCGAUGAGCUAGAAUCAGAUGAAGAAGCGGAAGAUUCUGAACUAUGUCUAGCUGGUGAGGCCCUCGAGCGCGAGUUCUUAAUAAGUGAAGAAGAUUGAUUUUUUAAUAUUUUUCCCCUCCACUCCAUAAAAUUCUAAUUUGAUCUCAGCCACAUCUGAAUGGUUGAAGAGAUGUACCUGAUGGAUCACUGUGUACUUAUUCUAUUACAACAAUAAACAAGAAAACAUA